CUGGUCGACCGGUACGUCCAACAAAGGCGUCGUCGGCCUUAAAAUUAUGCCCAACGGCAACGUCGUCUUGUACGAUAAAAAUGACCGGCUCGUCUGGCAGAGCUUCGACCAUCCAGUUGACGCACUGCUCGUAGGCCAGACGUUGAAAAAUAAGCUUGUGAGCAAGAAUGGAGCUUACAGUCUAGUACUGGAGCCUACCGGAUUGUCGAUGUACAUCAACAACGCAUCUUCGUCAAGAACUCCUCUCAAGUACGGUGCGUUUGUCGAGUCACAGAAGCUUAGUAGCGUAAAAUUCGAAUGCGAGCCCGAGGACGAGGGCAAGUUCGCCUACGAGCUGAGACUCGCACUCGGGGUCAACAUAGGCACUGAGAUUCUCGCUAGGCCGAAGUAUAACGCGACUUUGUCGUUCCUCCGGCUGGAGGAAGACGGUAACUUGGUCGUGUACACGUAUUACGAUCCGGUGGACUACCGGGCAUGGGAGAAGACGUUCGCAUUCUUCUCCGAUGAUCUCGGACGAGUCGACGGGUGCGACUUGCCAACGAAGUGCGGGGCAUUGGGAGUGUGCGAGGACGAGAUGUGCGUUGCUUGCCCGACCCGAAGAGGAUUGCUCGGAUGGAGCGAGAAUUGCGCGACGCAGGCGAUCGCCGGAAAGUGUAAACGAGGGAGGAGCUUGGAGUACUAUAAGGUGGAAGGGGUGGAUAAUUUCUUGAGUGGUUAUGGAGAAGGGGAAGGGAGGUUGAAGGUGGAGGAGUGCAGGAGGAGGUGUGAUUUGGAUUGUGAGUGCGUGGGGUUUUUGUACUGGGAGAAGGAGAGUAAGUGCUGGGUGGCUCCUUGGAUUGGUACUUUGAAGUCGGUUGCCGAUGCGUCUCAUGUGGCGUAUAUCAAGUAUGCUAAUUGAGUAGGCCAGGCCCUGUGUCGUGUUGAUUAUGCGUGUGGUGGUUGUGCCUGAGUUG